UAAAAUAAAGCGCACACCAUGACCCCAUGUCUCUCGUAAACAUGGCGACCUCCAAAAGUGGUGUCAAACAGUGGCCCACAGAUCACAGAUGGUGUAAAAAAUCAUAAGCCACAUAAACCCCAAAACGCAGACGCUCCGAACGCAAAACGCCGCCGGAAACUCCCCAAGGUCACAUCUUCAUCCUCAGAUUGCAGCAUUUGGUGAUAAAUGCAGGAUCCGAAGAAGCCGCUGGCUGAUGAGUUUUCGACUCCUAAGCUGAAGAAAAAGAAACCCUUGACCCAGAAGGCCUCGUUGUUUCCGCAACAAGGGAACAAUGCCAACGGGACUUCUCCACUCCCAGUAAAAGCAGGGCAUAAAGGAACCAAAAGAAACAUGAAGAAGGAAGUUUCUCCGUCGUUCCAGCAGCAGCCAGAGAGGUUGAGCUCAGAUUCGUUGCCAGACUCCUCCCCAUCUGGAAGCGGGUACCGUGCACUGAGGCUCAAGUAUUUGCUGCUGGAGGAAGAGAGCUUUGCGUUGGGGAGAGAUCUGAGAGAGAUUGAAGAUGAGGUCAAGACCCUCGAGGACGAGAAGCAUGCACUCUUGGACAAGCUUGUUGUGCUAGAAGGCCUUGUUGAUCCGUCGGAAUUGCAGCCGCAGGGGUUGCAUUUAUCGUAGUUUAUCUCUCGAUAUCGUUACCCGUUUCUGUGGUUAAAUUUGCACACUUGUAAAUUGCUAGAUGUGUGAUCUCAAAGAUUAGAGGAUGGCCAUUAUGCCAACUUAUUAAUGUUAAAACUUCUUUGGCAUA